GAAGAAGAAGAAGAAGAAGAAGAAGUAGAAGAAGAAGAUGGCGUCUGUGUGGAGGAAUGGACCUUCUGACCGCUGACUGCUUCUCCGGUGAACCCGCACCCUCAGUGGCCUCAGGUGUUUCAGCAGAGCGGAGCUGCCGGUGUGACUGAGCUAUGAGGAGUAGUGUGCUGUUGCCUCCAGGCGUCCUGGUUGUUGGACUAUGCUGUGUUUGUCCACUGGGUGGCGCCUCCUGAGCCUGCAUCACCUCCUCCCUCCCUGCCCCCCCCUCGCCUCCCAGUCAGUCAGCAUGUACACCACCCGCCUCUACAGCACUGCUGGGGGGGGAGGGGGAGGAGGUGGGGUUAAACAGGGGCGAAGGGUGGGGCUGGCCAUGCUUGAGGCAGCCAAUCCCCCUCACCCCCACGCGGCCCCCCCUCCCUACCCACUGUACCAGGGUCGCCCUGAUGCCCCCCGGGGAGCACACUUCCACUACCACACGCAGCACGCCCACCUGGCCCCGCCUCUGCUGACUCAUCACUAUCAGCACCACGCCCACUUCCACACAUAUGGAGGCGGGUCCCCGGCUGGGGGGGCUGCCCCCGGCAGCAAGAAGAAGACGUGGAACUUCAUCCACGAGAAGAUGAGCUACGACACGUUCUUCACCAUGAAGCGUCUGAUCGAGCGCUCGCGGCGCCCCGACGAGGUGCUGCGCUGGGUCACCCAGAACCCCGCCAAGAUCUCCCACAACCACUACCCCGUCGCCCUGCAGAAGAUCGGCCAACUGCUACAAGCCACGCCCCUCCCAGCUCGCGGUGGAGGCGACGCCGAGGCUUCGGGAGGUGACGGACGUGAGAUCCUGGAGCAUCAGGACUUCCACACGCUUUGCGACGCCAUCGUCAGCGACUGCACCAAGUUUGACAACUUCAGCAUCGUGAACUGCCUUUACGCCGUGGCCGCGCUCGGUCUCCCCAGUGACUCUCAGGUGGUCCAGGUGCUGGAGGCAGAGUCCCAGUCCAGACUGAACCAGUUCAACCAGAAAGACGUGUCCAUGGUGUUCAGCUCCAGCAUGAAGCUCCACAUGGGCAGCCAGCACCCUCUGACCGAGGCCUGCCUGGCCGGCCUGGAGAAGAACCUGGAGCGUGAGCGCCACCCUCAGACGCUGUUCCUGCUGCUCUCGUACUACAGGCUCAAGUGGCGCUUGCUGCAGCCGCAGGACCCUGCCGCUGCUCCGGGGGGCGCUAACACCGCCAACAACAGGCCGCCAAACCCCGAACAACUGCUCGCCAACAGGAAGAUCCUGCGUCUGGUAAAACACACUCUGGCAAGUGUGAGUGGCGUCCGUGACCAGGAGAUGGCGCUGCUGGACGAGAUGCUGGCGGCGUGCGUUCAGGAGGCGAGCAACAAGAGUCUGGAGUUGAUCUUCAGCUCUCACCUGUUCUACCAGAACAGACAGGAGAGGUUCAUCAGCAGCCUGGCAGAGGAGUUGCCUAAGAAGGUGGACAGCAUCACUCCGUACACGAUGGCGCUGAUUGCCAAAUACAUCGCUCGCCAUCGACUGCGAGAGACCCGACUGCUCGAUACUAUUGCAGACUUCCUGGUGAAGAAGGCGGAGUACCUGGACAGUAAGGUGAUCCAGAAGCUGGUGUUCCCGUUCAGCAGGAUGAGCUACCGUCCGUCCAGCGAGCAGCAGUUCUUCUCUCGGUUGGAGGAAGUCGUGGAGCUGAAGGCGCUCAGCUCGCCGCUCGCCACAGUCAAUAUCCUCAUGUCUCUGUUCCAGCUGGGGCACUUCCCCGGCCUGGUGCUGCACAGAGUCUUCUCCUCUGCCUUCAUCAGCAACGUCACCAACAGCCCGUACGCUCUGAUCGUCAGGCGGUACCUCUCCCUGCUGGAUGCCGCGGUGGAGCUGGAGUACCGAGACUACACUGGACCGCGACUGCAGGAUGCACACAAGGUGCUGAUGUUCGACCACGCCCUGACCGCCGACGAGGUCAACCGCAAGUACAGUUAUAAAGGUCUGGUGGCUGAGGCUCUGCGACAGCUGGUUGGAGAACAGAACUACAAACAGGAUGAAGUACUGGCCCCGGGAUACUACACAGACUUCGUGCUUUGGAUGGACUCCUCUGGUCGGGUUCUCCCUAUCAGAACCGGUCUGGUUCUCCCCAUCGUUCCGCCGUCAGCUGAUGAUGCGGUGGCCGUGGUGACUUCAGAGUUCCAGAAGUUCUCUCCGUUCGCGGCGCCAGAGGAAGGCGCUGAGCUGCCGGUGGGGGGGUCCACUGAGCUUGGGUCCUUCCUGCCUCACCACAUCCACAGCGUGGCGGGGGCCGUGGCUCCUCCGGGGCCCCCACAGCCCGGCACCAAUGGGGGCCCUUACGGGCCCUACUAUGUUCCUGCAGCAGAGUACUACUCCGGUCUGGCAAAGGAGCACUCUCUGGAGAGCCAGGACAGCUCCACGCUCAGCAGCCCCCCCUCCGAUGGCCUUGCCCCCACCGGGGCCCAGGGACCCGCAGGGUCCACAGCACCUGACUCGCUCUUUCAGUUUUCCAUCGGGAAGAUCCUGGAGGACGAGGGUCGGUCCCAAGAGGGCCCACGGACAGACCGCGAGCUGCCGGGGUUCUACGAGGGUGUAACGUAUUCCGAGGAGCCUGAUAGAGGGCCCCCGUCGCCACAGCUCAACCCCCCCGACAGACCCGAUGCUGACAACCCCCCGACAGACCAGAGACAGAUAAGGAGGGUCAUCAUGUCCGUCAAUGACAAGUGGCACUACUGCCACAACUCCGAGGUCCUGGUCGGGUCUCGGGCCAUGAGGGACCGACACCUGAGGCUGCUGGGAUACGUCAUCCUCCAGUUGCCGUACCACGAGUUGGAGAAGCUGAACGGCAUCGAGGAGGUGAAGCAAUACCUGCACAAGAAGCUGCUGGAGGUCCCGCUAUGACGCUCUGUGUGCAUGUGGUUUCACAGCUGCUUUGGGUCUCUCUUAAAUCUUGGUUCCUGGAGUCGGAGUCCUGUUCAGAUUAGAGCUCUGUGAUCAUCGGUGAUUCAGGCGACAGGAGAACAUUUAAUGAAAAUCAUGUGUCGUUGCAGCCGAACUGAGCAGCUGGACUCCAACUCCCAUCAGGCCGUGCGGCUUCUUAAGGGGCCGGCCUUCUGCCCGUUUUACAACUCAUCCAUAAGUUUUCAGAUUGAGCUCUCGUGUUCUAUAAACCUCAGCAACCCAACCCUGUUCAGCUUUUAUUCACUCAACUCUUCAGCUGUUGAGUGAAUAAACAAGUCUGGAACCAGAGAAUAUAGAAUUUAUUUACAUCAAAUAUUUCCCCCAAAGAUUCAGUGUAAAGAAACAUCUUCAGCCUCGUUGAUCUGCAGGUUAGGGGGUUACCCAAGGUCAUGGGCGGGCGGGCGGGGGUUGGCUGGUUGUUAUGGGGGGUUAACCAAGUCCCCCCUGUUUUUAUACAGUUUGGUAACCAUGAAGAUGUGGGACUGGUUUUUGGGGUAUUGCUGUUUUAUAAAUCCAGAUGAAGCUGGGAGAGCAGUGGCUGAUGGGUAAUGUAGUUCCCUUUGAGUGCACACAAAGGGAGGGGGAGAGUUACCGUGGCGACGCGGUGGGCGUGCCAAAGUUCGGGGGGGAGGGGGAGUGUCUGGGUCAACGGUCAGAUUAUUUAUUUGUGUAUCAGGUGACGGACGGCCUGAUGUUGGAGGGGGCAAGAAGCUUGUUUAUAUUCUAUAAAUCUAUUCAUGCAAAUGUCUAUAAAACCUGAAACUCAAACUGUUGUGUUUAUUGAUGUCACAAAAUGUACUCUGAUAACAGAAGUGAGAAAGUGCAUUUAUUUGUUAAUUUUCUCAGGCAGCUGAUUGGAGGCUGAACACUGGCUCCUCCCUCAGCAGUAACAAACAGCCAAUAGGCUCCUCCCUCAGCGGUAACAAACAGCCAAUAGGCUCUGCUCCGCCAACAGGCCGCGCCAUUGCUAAAAAAAAUGUUGAUCAGAUAAAAACCAACAAACACAUGAGUAACAAAACACUCCGUCAGGCCACGCCCCCUUCAGAGGGAGGGGUCAGCGUGACUACAGCAUGACAUUGCCCAUUCUCAUUGGUCUGCCUGGACAACUAGAAUGUGAGGAGGCGUGGCCUGCACAGCCUGUCCUCCAAUGAGGGGAAGGGGCGGAGCUAAUCCGAGUCAGAGUCACUGGAUUCAUCCGAGGAGCUCUGAUCUUCAUCGUCCUGAGGAAACAAACAACAUUCUGUGAUAUUAGAUGGUUGCCAUGGUGAUUCUGGGUAGUAAUGUAUUAACAUUUUAAAAAGGGAUGAUUAAUUUAUUAAGAUGUUAAAGUGUUUUCUGUUAAAACAAAGCGAUCUUUGAAUUUUACAUUAAUAUCUGGGAAUGGGAAACAAGUUCAUUAAAAACCAUCAAGUCAUUUAUUAA